ACCACCUGGUUAUUCCUGGGAGCUGUUUGUCUUGAAGCCUAUUGCCGCCACUUAGCAGCCCCUGAGAUACUUUACUCGACGCGAUAACUCAGAUUUCAUCUAAUUCUGCACUACGAGUCAACGAGUUUAACUCGUCAUGUCUAUGUCUCCUGGACUCACCCAGAAGCUGGAGGCAUACCAUGAGAAAGUUGCCGCUAACGCUGAGAAUGUAGUUUUUACUAUCUUUCCUCAAAAGAUAUUAGACCUACAAGAACAAAUCGAUUCGAGCUCUGAUCCCUCAUCAAUUUUCCACCUUUCACACGCAGCAACGUCGACCGACGCCACGGUAUACCCAGGCCCCUCGAGAGAACAGCGCCCUGACUCGAAGAAACGCAAAGUGGCUGAUGGCGCAAGCCAGAAUACUGUCUCAACGACCGAGAAUGCGCGAUACGCUGAGUCCGUACACGCGAAUAAGCACAUCGAGAAGGUCCACGCUCAUUUAAAGAAGGAGUGUGAGGAGCUUGCUCGGCUUUGUGAUGACGUGUCGAUAUGGAUCCAACUCACUAUGCCGAAAAUUGAGGACGGCGACAACUUUGGUGUGGCCGUUCAAGAAGAGGCACUGGCGGAGCUAAACCGUUGUCAGCAGAGUGCAUACAACCUGCGUGACACAGCGAGACAACAUCACCAAACUAGGGCAAAAAUUUGUUCCAAGAUAAUUAAAUACCCAAACGUUGAGGAUUAUCCGCUCGCCCUGAAAGAGCACGAUGAGAAGAUGUUAUACACUGCACGGUCAAAUCUCUUUGACUUGCGGAACCUCUACGCUGUCAUGACUAAUAUUUUCCAGAAAAACAUUGCAAAGAUUCGUGCACCGAAAGGGAAUAAUUCCGUCGCACUCUACUGACUCCUGGACAAGACCGCAUACAAUACAUAGAUUAUGUGUAACUCUAUGCAGAACCGCACCC